AUGGCCCAGGUAAAGGUAGUAGGAGACACAGUGAGGAGCCACCAGGACUGUGCAGAUGUUUACUCUGACAUGGCUACUGUCAGCUCCAGUGCAGAUAUUGGGGAUUCAGUGGGGAAGGGGCCAUUGUGUGAGACCUCCAUGGCAGUUGGUCUUGGCCGGCGGAGCAGAGUCUACCCCUCUCCAGCCAGGAGACGCCACCGCACCACCUUCAGCCACAAGCAGCUGGAACAGCUGGAAGUGGCCUUUGGGCAAAACCAAUAUCCUGACAUCUACUACAGAGAGGAGCUGGCCCGCAUCACCAAGCUCAAUGAGGCUCGCAUACAGGUGUGGUUUCAGAACAGAAGAGCCAAACAGCGGAAGCAGGAGCGGGCCGCACAGAAAGUGCUCCCAGUAGGUGUGAUGCCAGGCCACAGGGCUCUGCUGGGUGGCAUGCGCGUCCAACCAUCCAUGGCUCGGCAAUACUACACCCAGCCCCUGGCACACAUUCCCCACCUCUCCCCCAUGCUGCCCUCUGGAGUGUACCCCCGCCACCCAGGCCCGGUCAGCCAAUGCCCCUGCCCCAGUGCCCCGCCACAGCCGGCCUCCCAGCGCCAGCAUGAAGACUGGUACAGCCCACUGAGGGGAAACCUGACCUCACCCAUGUUCUCACUGGCCCCUAUGCAGCCCCUGGACCCCACGUCUCACUGGAACUAAGAAGUAACCAGGGAAAUAUAUCUAAUAUUUUGAAAUAAAUUAGAAUAUAAAUGUUUUUUUAAAUAUCUACUUUGCUGUGGAAAAUCGAGGGAUCAUGCAUGCCAUAUUUUCAUCUAUAUCUUGUUCUUCACUUUCACAGUGAGUUUGCUAUUUCACCCCUGCAUUUACCUAAAAAGUCUGUAGAUUCAAAUUUGCAACUUUGUUGUAACAAAUCUGCAUCUGCUGUAACCUCUAAAGUACCACUGAAAUACUUCAUAGUUUGACAUAAAAUUCCUAACUCAAGGUCCCCUUACUAGAUUUCGUCUGGAGCUUUCAGACAAAUUUUGUGACCUUCAUCAGCAGAGUUUUACACCCAGUAACAUAAAUACUUCUAAAAUCUGGCAGUUUGUUACUUAUUUUACUUUAUUUCAAAUGAAGCU